UUGCCUUCAUGAAAACUCAAAACAAACCUUCUUUAGCCUUGCUAAAGUGACAUCAAUAACCAUGAAGGUGAGAAAAGAGAGCUCAAGGAUUGUUAAGCCAACUUAUGAAGUCACACCACCCCCAAACACAACCUAUGUCCCCUUAAGUGUCUUCGACAAGGUCACCUACAAUACCCAUAUGGCAGUUAUCUAUGCCUAUUGUCCGCCAACCCCACCAAAUGUAGCCUUGGAGUUAGGGCUUCAAAAGGCACUAUCGGUAUUCAGAGAGUGGGCUGGAAGGCUGGGAAAGAAUGACAAAGGCGAUCAUGUCAUUUUUCUCAACGAUGAAGGCGUGAGGUUUGUUGAGGCAUCGGUUGAUAGCACUCUUGAUCAAGCUAUGCCAUUUAAGCCUUCAGCGUCUUUACUUAGUCUUCACCCUAGUUUGAAGGGUGUAGCAGAGUUGGUGCAAGUUCAGCUCACUAGGUUCACUUGUGGCUCAAUGGUGGUCGGUUUCACAGCUCAUCACCUUGUGGCCGAUGGCCAUUCCACAAGCAAUUUCUUGGUUGCGUGGGGCCAAGCUUGUCGUGGACUUGCGAUUAGUCCAAUUCCCUUGCAUGAUCGUGCCAUUUUCCUCCCUCGAGACCCUCCUAUUUUUGAGUUUGAGCACGAGGGUGUUGAGUUUAUGAGUGAGACACUCAAGAAAGAAUAUCCUAUUGUUGAUGAUAUCAACGAUAUUGUGGUGCACAAAGUUCAUUUUACAUUGGAGUUUCUUGGCAAGCUUAAGGCCAAGGCUUCCUCCAUGAAUGGUGGCAACAAGCCUUAUAGCACAUUUGAGAGCUUAGUUGCUCAUCUAUGGAGAGCCAUAACCAAAGCUCGUUCACUCAACAGCUUUGAGACCACCCAAGUGAGAAUCUCAGUUAAUGGCCGCAUGCGAUUGAACCCUAGAGUACCCAAUGAGUACUUUGGGAAUUUGGUGCUUUGGGCUUUCCCAAGUGCAAAGGUGAAGGACCUUCUACGAGAGCCAUUGCCCUACGCAGCCAAGAUCAUUGAUGAUGCAAUCACAAAGGUGAACAACAACUACUUCAAAUCAUUUAUUGACUUUGCAAAAUAUAAGGUGGAAACAGAAAACCUCAUUCCCACUGCAGACAUGAACAAGUCUGCUUUGUGUCCGAACUUGGAGGUUGAUAGCUGGCUACGGUUUCCCUUCUAUGACCUAGAUUUUGGAGGAGGAUGCCCUUGUAUUUUCAUGCCAUCUUACUUCCCAACAGAGGGAAUGAUGUUUCUCGUACCGUCCUUCAUUGGUGAUGGAAGCAUAGAUGCCUUCAUACCUCUAUUCCAUGACAACUUGGCUUCCUUCAAACAAAUUUGCUACUCCUUGGACUAAGAUCUAUCAGAACUAUAACUAUAUAUAUAUCCUUUGUGGCAUAAUGUUAUCCCUCCCUUUCAAAUCCUCUGCAAGAUCCUUCAUGAAUUUUGUUAUGCAAAAUCUAUUGUUUCUUUCUUUUUUUAAAACCUAUUUUGGUAAAGCAUCCAUAUCUUCCUUGUAAUAACUCCCCAAAUGAUAGUAGAGCAUUUUAAUAUGCACUAAAU